AUGUCUGCGAUGCGGAAACACAACGUCACAACCUUCCCCCGUCCGCCGGUCGUGGAGAGAACCUCCCGGCACAUCCAAAUCAAGUGGCACGGCCAGCUACUAGCUGACUGCCCGCCCGGCGAGGCAUUCUGGGUGCUGGAAACCCAUCAUGCUCCUGUCUACUACAUUCCGCCCAGCAGGGUUCGGCUGCCUCUCUCUACCACGCCGCGGUCGACCUUCUCCGAAUUCUACGGCGCCGCGACAUACUAUGCCAUCAUGAGCCCCAUAUCCGCGGCAGACAUCGUCUCCAACCGCAUCUGGUCGUACAACGAGCCGCCAAAGGAGUACGAGGCGAUCAAGGGCUAUCUUGCCUUCUUCGUCGGUCCCUGGGAGUGCUAUGUAGACAAUGAGAGAGCCCAUCCGCCGCCGUCGGACUUUUACGGCGGCUGGGUCACCAGCGAUAUUGAGGGACUCAUCAAGGGACCUCACCAGUGGGGUGCAGGAUGGGAUCCGGUCUUUUGA